AUGGAGUUGUUAUUGGGCAAGUUCAAACCUCUGUCAAUAACGAUUUAUUUAGAAUUAAUACUGGGUAAUAAUGAAAUACUGGAUACUGAUAACACAAGCUGUGACAACACUCUCAAUAAUAAUACUGACAUUAACAAUACUGAUACUGACGAUAUAAACUGUGACAAAAUGGACAUUAAUAAUACUGAUACUGAAAUUGUAGACUGUAGCAAUACUUAUACUAAUAAUAAUGCUGAGAUUAAAAGUACUGAUACUUAUACUAAAGACUGUGACAAAUCAUGCACUGAUAAUACUAAUAUUAAUGACGGUAAUACUACUAUGACUGACAACACUACUGAUCCUGAUAUUAAUACAACAGGUGAUAAUCACACUAAUACUGAUAAGACGAACUACGAUAACACUGAUAAUAACAAUAUUUAUAUUAACAAUACUAAUAAUAACUUAACUGACUACAUCGAACCUACAAAUAAUACUACCAAUUUUAAUUUAAACGCAACAAUUAAUACUACUAUUGAUAACGAUACUAAUAAGAACCAAACCAGUGAUGAUAGUCUUGCAUCUACAUUAAAUUCAAGUAAUACUCAAGUUGAAAUUUUAUCACAAAGCGGAGUGUUUGUUUCGACUGAAUCCUAUGAAGAAAUGGGUAAAAUCACGAGUAACCCUAGAAAACUCACAAGACUUGUUUUAAAAAAUGUAUUUGGGAAUGAGUUGCAAGUAAUGAGCAUAACUGGUCGGGGCAAAGGUGUUACGAAAGCUAUUCCACCGAAAAUUUUAAAAGCAUGUCAAAAAUUUGUGAAGCUUCAAACCUCACCCAAAGAAUGGAUAGGUCAUGAAGCAUUUCAAGUUUGUGUGACACAAAUGUGUAAUACUCUCCGUCAUCCUAAGAGAGAUAAGAAGGAUGAAUGAAGUUUUAUGUGAUGUGAAAAAUAUGGUUAAUUGUGUUGUAAAAAAAUAAAAUAUUAGCACCAC